AUGAAGUCUCUUCUGAUCCUCCUCCUCCUGGUCCCCACCACCUUCUGCCUUUCAAAUGUCUUCUCUCGAGGAUCCUGCUUCCAGCACAUCAAUGCAGCUAGAAGUGUCUACGCGGAUCGAUUCCAACUAGCCAACAUGAAUGAGUUGGUUUACAACAAAAAGUUGGAAAAGAAAGUUCUGGAACAACUCUCCUACUCUGGUCCAUGCCCACAACCAUCAAUCAUUUCUCAAAACCAUCUGGAUGUCUAUUUGAAUUUGUUGUCGGCCACUGGAAGUACUCAAAUGGCUUGUGUUCGGAGCAAGUGUGGAGAUGAGGAUGUUAUCAGUAUUGUGACUGAUGUUCAUGACUCUUCUCCAAUUUCUGGACCACCUGGCAGCGAGUGUUCUCCGGAUAGAAAAGCAAAUGGAAAAGGGUUGUGUACUCAAGAGUAUUCUAGCGGUGGAUAUGCUCGAAAAGGUAUUUUCGAUGACAUUGUCAAAUAUGACCCACCAAUUGUUUGGAAUGUGCCUGAGAAAGUGAAAUGGCCAGUGGAGGAGUCAGAAGAGGACGCGGUUCCAAAAGGUCCAAUCUCAAUCGUUAACAGGGAAACUCUCGAACAAUUUUUAGAAGUACUGAAAAAAAUUCCCACUGAUACAUCUCAUCCAGUUCGUAUAUGGGAGGAUGAAAUAGACCACUGA